AUGCUGAUCGUGGUCUCUGCAUGCAGACCGAACCACGUCAUAGCCUUCAUUCGCCCCAAGCCGAGGCAGCCGCCAAACCUGGCGACGUUUGUCGUGCCGCUGCAGUUCAACAAGCUCGAUCUGCGCGACUACCUUUUCCACGCCUAUAAUGUCGAGGUAACGUCGGUGCGCUCCUUCAUCAACCAGCCAACACCUCGGCGAAAGUAUGGAAACACUGGCAAGUGGUUCCGGCCGCGCUCGCAAAAGAUGAUGAUUGCCGAGCUCGUCAAGCCCUUCGUCUGGCCCGAACCGCCCGCCGAGAAGGACCGGGAGCCUUUCGAUCACGCCACCUUCACCAAGAUGGAGAAAAUGAGGGAGGACCAGAUCAAGAAGGAGACGGACCCGGCCAACAUCCCGCUGCGCACACAAAUCAAGAUACCCCCAAGCAGGAGGACUCUCAAGGAGCAGGCGGAGGAGUUCAUGGAGAGCGGGGAAUGGAGCAAUGGGAAGAUAGGGGACGGCAAAUGGACAGAGGUGGAGAAGGACGUCCCGGUAUGA